AUGCCAAGUGAAAAGGCAGAAGGACGAGGAGAACAGCUUUCGUAUCGCGAGCUGAGGUAUGAAAUCACCAGAGAUAUCAAUCAAUUGGCGAGACAACAGGGUUCCACACUCCUGCAAAAAGGAGUGAUACAAGAGCAGGGUCACUGCGCUGUUGUAGACAACAAUGAAUGGCAAAUCAAAAGUGGAGGGCGUAGGGGAGCUCCAGGCUGCGACAGGAUACAGCAAGAGGGCGCAUCCGAAGCGGAGAGAGAAGGGGGAACAGGAGGCGGCGGAAGCAAAGCCAAAAGGCUAGCGGGCAGCCUAGGCGGUGGGCGGAACGAAAAAGGACGUGGGCUGGCUGGGAAUAGGCUUGGGGUGAGCCAGGGCGGGGUCGGGCAUGGGGGGCAGACCAAGCAGAGAAAGGCGGACUCACCCCUGGACUCACCCCUGGAAUGCCCUAAAUGGGCCCCGAAUUUGAUCUUGGGAGUCGUACCCGUCAGAACAUCGCACCCUUGGCCUUCAGGUGCUGCGAUCACUUCCGCUACGGCGACAGCCAAACUCUCUGAGCGCAUUCACCCAACUUCCAAAUCGAUCAUUCUACCACUGCAUCCAAUUCCUGUCUUCAAAUUUGAAAAAGAGAAAGAAGAACAGAAAAAACAAGCGUCAAAAUAA